AUGAAGCAAUUGAUUACCGAUUCCUUUGUAGGUCAAAUCUUGUAUCGAAUUUCAGGUAGAAAGAUUUUCUUACACCGUGAUGAAUUACCUGAUUAUGUCAUUCCUGAAAAAUACUUGGUAAAUAACGAUAAACAACCAGAAUAUGAGUUUCCAAGAGGAGAAGAUGAAGGAGAGGAAAACAACAACAACAACAACAACAACAACAACAAUGACAACAUAGAUGCUGCUGAUGAUUCACUCAAUCAAGAUGUUGGGGAAAAGGAAAAACAACAGGAUACGAAGACCGACAGUACUUCCAACUCCAUCGAAACAUCCACCGAGUCAAAUUCCAAAGACGGUUCGAAAUCGGAUUACAUUAUAGUUACAUGGGAUGGCGAUGAUGAUCCAGAUAAUCCUUACAAUUGGCCAUUUUAUCUCAAAGCCAUAAUGGCGUUCCAAAUUGCUUUUUUAACUGUGUCAGUAUAUAUGGGUUCAGCAAUUUAUACACCGGGUGUUCAAGACAUAAUGACUAAAUUCAGCAUUAAUGAAACUAAAGCAGUGUUACCGUUAACCAUGUUUGUUAUUGGAUAUGGUAUUGGUCCCAUAUUCUUCAGUCCCUUGAGUGAAGACUCCCGAAUUGGUAGAACUCCAUUGUACAUCAUCACUCUAUUCAUAUUUUGUAUGAUGCAAAUCCCAACCGCUUUAUCGACUAGUCUUGCAGGAAUGUCGGUGUUGAGAUUGAUUGCGGGAUUUUUUGCUAGUCCUGCUUUAAGUACCGGUGGCGCUUCAUUUGGUGAUUUUAUUACAUUACCUUAUUUUGUUGUGGGAUUAGCUACUUGGGCAUUAGGUGCAGUGUGUGGACCCAGUAUUGGACCAUUGAUUGGAGCUGUUUUGGUACAAAGAGGUGGCCAUAAUGGGUAUGAAAGCUGGCGUUGGACGUUUUGGUUUAUGGCUUUGAUUUCAUCAUGUUUUUUGAUUCUUGGAUGGACAUUACCCGAAACCUAUGCUCCUAAGUUAUUACGUCAAAAAGCUGAAAGAUUGAGAAAAUUGACUGGAAACGACAAGAUUGUAUCCCAAGCCGAAUUGGACCAUGGAUCAACGUCAACUGGUGAGGUUGUUCGCAAAUUACUUUGGCGUCCUUUUGAAAUCACCAUAACUGAACCAGUGGUUUUAUUAAUCGGAAUUUAUAUUGCUUUGGUAUACAGUAUCCUUUACUUGUUUUUCGAGGCAGUCCCCAUUGUGUUUCAAGAAACUAAGCAUUUCACUUUGGUUGAAAUGGGAGUCACUUAUCUUUCAGUUGUGAUUGGAAUUUUCUUUGGUGGUGCUAUAUAUAUCCCUUAUGUUUAUAAAGUGUUUACUAAACCAUUACUUGCAGGUCAAUAUGAUAAAGUCACUCCGGAGAUUUUUUUACCACCAGCAAUCUUAGGAGCUUGUUUAAUGCCAGUCGGGUUGUUUAUUUUCGGUUGGACAUCUUCACCCAAAAUCCAUUGGUUCCCGCCAUUAAUUGGAACUGGAAUUUUCGCAAUAGGCGCAUUCAUCAUUUUCCAAACAUUGUUUAAUUAUAUGGCUGCUAGUUUUAAAGUUGAAUAUUUGGCUUCAGUAUUUUCAUCGAAUGCCUUUUUCAGAAGUGUUGUUGCUGGUUGUUUUCCACUCUUUGGAAGAGCUUUAUUUUUAAACUUGAGCAUCAAGAACUAUCCUGUGGGAUGGGGUACUACAUUGUUGGCAUUCUUGUGUUGUUUGAUGAUUCUUAUUCCAGUGUUUUUCUAUUUGAAUGGACCUAAGUUGAGAGCAAGGUCGAAAUAUGCCAAUCAUUGA